AUGAUCGGUGGUCCAUUGUCCAACUUAAUUGGAAGACGAAUGGCUAUGUUUAUAAAUUUGAUUUUUGCAGUUAUAGCUGGUGUUUUAUUUUUGCUAGCAUAUUUUUGCAAAUGUUGGUACCUGCUGUUUCCUGGUCGAUUCCUUAUUGGCAUAAAUUCAGGAAUAUCAACAACUGCUGGCAUAACAUACAUUACCGAACUGUCACCAAUUAAUCUUCGCGGUAUGCUUGGCAGUACACAUCAGUUAUUUGUCACCCUUGGAAUCCUUAUUUCAAACAUUCUUUCGUUUGAAUUCAUUUUUGGCACUCAUAAAUUAUGGUGGAUUAUUUUUGCUAUAACCUUCAUACCAAUAAUUAUUCAAUUUAUACUCACUUUCUUCUGCCCUGAAUCUCCACAGUAUACAUUGUGCUUUAAAAAUGAUGAAGAACAAGCGUUUAAAGAUUUACGGAAACUUCGAGACAAGAACUAUGAUGUUCAGGCGGAAAUUGAUUUUCUGAAGCGACAACAAUCGUCUUUGAAAGAUGUUAAAGUUGUUGGUGUAUUAGAAUUGCGUAAGUAUGAAUAUCGUUGGUCAGCAUUUUUGGCCUGCUUCCUACAGUUUACGCAACAAUUUUCUGGUAUUAAUGCUGCUAUGUACUAUUCUGGAGAAAUUUUUUUGGCAGCUGGACUUACCGGAUUUGUAAAUACAUUAGCCAACUGUGGAGUAACACUUGCCAAUGUUGUUAUGACGUGGAUCAUCGAUGGUUUGGAAGACGAUCUCUAUUCUUACCUGCAGUUCUUGGAAUGA